AGUGCAAUUCCAACCAUGAAGUUGACAGGGUUAAUUCUAUCCGUACUGCUCAAAUCGAGCCUUGCAGGUACCUACAAUCCGGAAGCGCUGGAUUACGUCCUGCGAAGCAUCGAGCACGAGGCCAACAUCGAAAGUGGCUUAUUCCGGUGCGUUUUCUACGACAUUUCCCGGCCAAAUGCUUUCCGUAACUUUCUCGGUGACGUUCUGCAAUCCCCUCGGUUGGAGAACGUCUUGAAGUAUGUCGUUACGAAGGGAUCUUUUGAGAACAAGCUGAUCAAUCUGCCGUGGCAUCCGUCCAUGCUGCUCAUUUAUCCAGGAAACGACGCCAAACAUUUGCUGCUCGGAGAAACUCUGAAAAAUCUCGAGUUUAUUUUAGGGUGUUUUAAUCCAACAACAAAAGUGAUGGUUCUUCUUAAUACUACUGACGAGGUGUUAGUGGGAAGAAUCCUGCAGCACGUUUACUGGACUGGGUUCGCCAGCAUUGUUCUCUUUGACACUGUUACACAGCAUACGUUUCUGUUCAAUGCGGUGUUUCAAACAUUCUUCCGGCAACCUCCACAUCCAAUAUAUCUCUUCACCUGGUUACGACGGAGGAUGAUGGGACGCAACAUUACCUACGUCGUUUUUGUACCAUACGUAAAGGUAGAUAUAAGAACGUAUACAGACUUGCGAUGGAUAAAGGAAACCGCGCGGUACUUGAACACCGGGGUGACUGAGUACCAACACCAGUGCUACGGACUAAGAUCGCUGGCAGAAUUUCACAAAUGUUUGAAGAGCAAAGCCAACGAAAUCAAUGCAAUUGACAUAAAACUUCAAUUCGCAAGCAAUGAAGUACAGUAUCCAAGAUGUUUUGAUGUUCUGUAUACAACGACGCUUAUGCGAACAAAGAUUGCUGUCCCCAGGGAUAGACCGCUGAACGUAUUUGAACUCAUGCUGAUGCCAUUCAGCUGGCAAGUUUGGUUGCUUUUGAUUUCCAUCUUUGUUGUAUCUGAAGUCACUGCUCAGGUGUUUCCGUCCCUGUUCGAGAAUGAUCCAGUCCUACUAGCAGUAUGUGGAUUCGAACGACGCAGUCUUCAUGAGACUCGUCAACGAGAAACAAUCAUCUUGCAUUCGCUGAUGAUUCUGAUGUUCUUCAUGUCCAACGCCUACGAAACGAAAAUAGUAUCGCUCAUGAUUGACAGACCCGCUAUUCAGCGAAUCAGAACAUUAGAAGACUUGGAAAACUCAAACGUCAAGUUCUCGGGUCAUUUGGAGCACAACUCUCACUACGUUAACAACUCUGUAGUUGGAAAAAUGAUUGUCAAUGGAACACAUCUCUUCAUCUACGACAAAGUGCCUGGUUUUGGUUUGUAUCUACUGAGCGAACAGACCGAAGUACUGGAGUUUACCGCGUUCGACUACAACCGGAUGCAACCGUGGUACGUCAUACUGGACUACGAGUUCUACGUCGGACCUCGGACGUACUAUAUGUCGUGGCGAAACAGAUUCCUGGAGGUAUUCAGGUACAUCCAGAUCACCCUGACGGAGGCUGGCUUGCUGGAUUUAUGGACGCGACAGUGGCAGUACGAUGUUCGACCCUUGCACCACGGCCAAAGGAUGCGGGUUGAAAUAGAGAGUAGUAAGGUGGACCUUAACUUUGAGGACAUGAAUCUUGCUUGGGUAGUGCUGGGUAUUGGAUUGAGCGUAAGUGUUGUGGCACUUUUGGGUGAAAUCGGCAAAAUUCGAUUUGGAUUUUUGAGGAUGCGUCAGGGAAAAACAAACACGAUGCUAGCGGGAGAAGAUUCGAAAAUGAAGUUUCAUAUUUUUGGUAAAUAAGUUAUCACUUUGCAAGCAAGC